AACACCUUCACACACCCGCCCCACCGCAGCCUUCUCUGGAUAGCAUCGCCCUCUCUUUAAAAGGGGGGGGGAAGGAAGGAAGGAAGGAAGGAAGGAAGGAAAGGAGGGAAGGGGAGGGAGGAGGGAAGGGAGGUGGGGAAGGAAAGGAGGGAGGGAGGGAGGUGGGGAAGGGGGAGGAAGGGGCCUCCUGUGUCCCAAAGCCAAGGACCCCCCAAGAGCCGAUCUGCCUCCCUUCCUCCUCCCCCCAAGGAUCCAAAUCCGAGCCGAGGAUCCUCCUCCUGCUGCAGAGAAGCCGAGCUGCCUUCUUCCCUUCCUUCCUUCUUCCCUUCCUUCCUUCCUUCCUUCCUCCCUCCCUCCCUCCCUUCCCAGCCGGGCUCCUUCCCAGCCCCGGCGGGCCUCCCUCCUCUCUCUUUCUCCAUGGACUGAAUGAAGACCUCCUCCUCCUCCUAUCGAUGCCUGACCAAAGAGCCGCCGCCGGAGAGCUGCGCCGCCAUGAACCCUCCGGAGCUGAGCAUGGAGACGCUGGGGCCCUUGCAUGAGGCGGCGGCCGAGCUCCUGGGCCCCAGCCCCAACCACCCGACCUCGGCCGGACGCAGCCGGGUCCCUCCUCCGGGCCCUCCUCCUCCUCCUCCUCCGGAGCUGUCCUCGGCCUCGUCGCGCUCGGCGAUGGUGAGCAGCAUGGCCUCGCUGCUGGAGGGAGCAGGCGAGUACCGCCCGGAGCUCUCCAUCCCGCUGCACCACGCCAUGAGCAUGCCCUGCGACUCCUCGCCGCCCGGGCUGGGCAUGGCCAGCACCUACACCACCCUGACGCCGCUCCAGCCCCUGCCGCCCAUCUCCACCGUCUCCGACAAGUUCCACCACCCGCACGCCCACCACCCGCACCACCACCACCACCACCACCACCCCCAUCAUCCCCACCCGGCCGUGGCCCACCACCCGCACCACCACCCUCACCAUCACCCCCACCCCCACCAGCGCCUCUCGGCCGCCAACGUCAGCGGCAGCUUCACCUUGAUGCGGGACGAUCGCGGGCUGCCGGCCAUGAACAACCUCUACGGGCCUUACAAGGAGAUGGCCGGCAUGGGCCAGAGCCUCUCGCCGCUGGGCAACGGACUGGGCGCCCUCCACCACAACCCUCAGCCCGGAGCGGCAGGGGCGGCCGGAGGGGGCCUCCACAACUACGGCAGCCCCACCGGCGGAGGAGGAGGAGGAGGAGGAGGCGGAGGAGGGGGCUCCGGAGGGUCCGGGGCCCAGGAGAAGAUGCUCGGGGGGCCCUUCGAGGCCCACGGCGCCAUGCAGCACCUGCCCCGGGGCCUGGCCACCCCGCCGGCCCCCAUGAUGGCCCACCUCAACGGCCUGCACCACCCGAGCCACCCGGCGGCAGGGAACGGAGGCGCCGGCCUGGGCCACCCUCAGGGCCACCUGGGCCUGGCCUCGCUCCGCGAGCAGCGCCCGCCUUCCUCCUCCUCCGCCUCGGGACCCGGAGGCCCAGGCGGCGGCGGCGGCGGACCCGGCGGAGGACAGCUGGAGGAGAUCAACACCAAAGAAGUGGCCCAGCGGAUCACGGCCGAGCUGAAGCGCUACAGCAUCCCCCAGGCCAUCUUCGCCCAGCGGGUCCUCUGCCGCUCCCAGGGCACCCUCUCCGACCUCCUGCGGAACCCCAAGCCUUGGAGUAAGCUCAAGUCCGGGCGGGAGACCUUCCGGCGCAUGUGGAAGUGGCUGCAGGAGCCCGAGUUCCAGAGGAUGUCCGCCCUCCGCCUGGCUGGUGAGUCCCGCCACCCCAGGCCGCUCCCCUGCCCUUUCCGCCGUCCCUUCCUUCCCCUUCCCUUCCUGUCUUCCUUCCCUCCCUUGCUCCCUCCUUCCCUCCCUCUCCCCCUUCCUUCUUUCCCUUCCUUCCUUCCUUCCUUCCUUCCUUCCUUCCUUCCUUCCUUUCCUCCCUCCCUCUCUCUCUCUGCCUUGUGACUAUGGAAAGGGACCUUGUAGUAGCACCUUAGAGACCACAAGUGAAGGGAAGAAUCCAAAGAGGCAAGCGUAGUAAUGUGCGGGAUGGGUAUCUAGAGAGAUCUUCAGGACCUUGGAGACCGAGUGAAAGAAAGAAUUCAAUAGCUGGGUGAGUCUGUCGGGUGGGUGUCGAGAGAGAUCUUGUAGGACCUUUGCGACGAAGUGAAAGAAAGAAUUCAGAAACACACAGCUGCGUUGGUCUGUCGGAUCGGUGUCUAGAGAGAUCUUGCAGGACCUUGGCUACCGAAUGAAAGAAAGCAUUCGAUAGCUGUGUCAGUCUGUGGGGUCGGUAUCCAGAGAGAUCUUGCAGGACCUUGGAGACCAAGUGAAAGAAAGAAUUCAAUAGAUGUGUCAGUCUGUCGGAUCGGUGUCUAGAGAGAUCUGGUAGGCCCUUGGAGACUAAUUCAAAGACAUAUAGCUGUGCUGGUCUGCAGGAUAUGGAGAGAGCUUGGACCUUUGAGACUAGAAAUAAAAGAAUUUAAAGAUCGUGGCCCUGUCAGUCUGUAGGAUCCGUACGCAGAGAGAUCUUGUAAAACCACGGAGGCUAAAUGAAGGAAAGAAUCCCAAAGAGAGAGCCCUGUUAGUCUGCAAGAUCACUAGGUAAAGAGAUCUAAUAGGACCGUGGAGGCUAACGGAAAGAAAGUGAAGAAGUCCAAAAGAGAGCCGUGUUCGUCUGUAGGAUCGGUAUCGAGAGAGAGAGAUCUUGUAGAACCUUUGCGGCGAAAUAAAGAAAUAACAGCCUCCCUAGCCGUGUCAGGCUAUAGGAUCGGUGUGUAGAGAGAUCUUAGGACCCCCUGAGACUAACUGAAAGAAAAGAUUCCUAGAGAGAGAGCCCUAUUAUAGUCUGUGGAAUCAAUAUGUAGAGAGAUUUUUGAAAGAAAGAGGUGGGCACCAUGAGCUUUCACACUUUCUCAGAUGGGUUGUGUAUGUGUGUUUGUGUGUUUUUUCUCCUCCAUGGGCCUACCAAAAACCCAUCAUCCGAGGUGGGUCACUCCUCUCAUCCUCCCAAGCAGAGAGAGAGAGACCCUGGUCUUGAGUUUUAGUCCUGUGUGUUUGUGUGGAUCUGGAUUUGUCGGAGGCAUCGGUGCGUGCCUUGCAUCCCUCCCUCUCCCUCCAUAU